UGAACAGGGUGAUCACAAAGAGAUGGACGGAGAUCAAGACUACGCUAGUGAUGAAGGACUUUGUGGACUACCUGAUCCAGAAAGGGGUCUUAACCCUUGACUACUGGAUGGGCCUCAAGGCCAAGCCCGUAACAGAGUCCGAGCGAAUGGAGGACUUCCUGCAUCAGGUUUCAAAGUUCACCCAGCAAAAGUACAACUACUUUCUGGAAGCGUUGUUGACCAUCAACAGGCAUGAACUCGUACAGAACCUGAUCAUAAACCAGAAAGUCAAGCCAAAGAAAGUGGAGCCCGAUGACAAGCUGAGACCAAUGCCUAAGGAAUCGAACGCAACACAAAAAAGUAAAAUGCCUAAAUCGGUUGAGCCUAGGCUCUCUAAAUCCGCUGAUGGACCAACUAUGGCACCGGCAGAUACGUUUAUCACAACACUAUCUGAAACAAAGGGUCAAUCCGACAUUGAUCAGCUUUCAGAGUGGAAAUCCACAAGUCUAGACACUACUGACGGCACAGGAGUGACCUCAGUGGACAAGAUUCGACAGGUUGCCAAAGAGAAGCAGGCUCAGAUUACUGAGAGACUGUACCAGGGCAUAGCUACCAAGGAGGACAUCAACAUCAACAAAGAUCCAGACAAGAAGGCCAAGAAGACAGUUGAAUUCAAAGACACAUCUGAAAAAGAUGUGGACGAAACCAACCCUAGGCCAGGGACAUCCAAGAGCAGGGAGGACCUUUUAGAGGAGAGGGAGAAACAGCUGAGAUCUAAGGAAUCCGAGCUAAAACAGAAAGAGAAGGUAUUGAACGAGCGUGAGAUGACACUGAUGGAGAAGGAACAGCAGCUACUCACACGAGAGAACAGUCUGGCACACAUGGAGAUCUCACGUCCUACCACUGCAACCUUGACCUUCACACAGACCUCUGAGCUGAUGGACAUCAGGGAACAACUGAAAGCUCUUAAGAAGGCAAGAGAACAAGAGAUAGAAUCUGAGCAUACCACAUACUGCAACACUCCAAAAGAUGAGUAUGUCACUGUGAUGGACUUCAAAAUAGUCCAACAAGAAAUAGCGGAACUGAAACAAGAUAUAACUGAAGACAGAGAAGCAAAACAGGUGAUACAACAGAAGGUGGAAGACAUGAAACAGGAAAUAAACACACUUCAAAGGACUAUUGAAAAACUUAAUAAUGAAAAGACUGUAAGAAAUGCUGAAAUUGAUAGGGAGAUAAGUGUCCUGAAAGUGAAGCUCACAAAGGCGGAAACUGACCGUGAUGAAAGUAUUGGCAAGUUAAGAAUGGAGUUAAAAAGUAAAGAAGAAGAAAGUAUGAAAGUAAAAGCAUCUUUGGAGCAGUUCCAAAAGCAUUCGAGCAGCCUGGAAAAGAGAGUGGUUGUUCUAGAAACUGAUAAACUGAAGUAUGAGGCUGAGCUUCAACAGUAUGAAAAAGAAGUCUCGAAUCUGCGUCAAAACCUUGAGGUUAAGGAACAGGAUCUAAAUGACCUGAAAAAUGUGCUGGAAGAAACAGAGAGUGAAAAAGAAGAUCUCAUUGAAAUGCUAAAUAAACUUAAACAUGAAAUAGACGAUUUGAAGUCAGACAAAAAAAGGUUAGAAACAGAGAAAAAGACAUUAUUAGCUCGAUGUGUAAAACCACAGUGGAGUGGAGCUGGCGGUAGUAGGAGACCAUCCAUUAGAUGAAGAAAAAACAAUAGGUUUAUAAAACUUAUAUUUUGAGGGAUAUUUCAACCAUAAACUCAGGUAAAAUAAUGAUAAAUUAAUGUCAAUAGUGAAAAGACAUAUUUUUAUACCACAAUAAUACUUUCAAGUAUGUGUUUUGCGUAGACAUUUUAAACCUAUUUUUCAGUUUUGUUUGUCAUGGUUAAAAUUGUUUUUAAUGGCAUGCUAAAGUUUUUCCUUGUUUUAAUUGUGAAUCUCAAGUU